AUGCCUGUUCGAAUCGUGAUUAUUGGAAGUGGUCCAACGGCACUUGGAGCAGCUCUUCGAUUAAAUGAGCUGCAAAUUGAAGGAGGGCUAGAUUUAGAGAUCUCGAUUCUCGAGAAAGAGGACGCAGUCGGUGGCUUGGCCAGUUCGGUCACUGACAAGCGGGGAUUCACGUGGGAUUUGGGCGUACAUGUAACCGGUGGAAGCAAAUACACGGAUUUCAUCUCGACGAUCAAUGAAGCGGUCGGCGAAUGGAAUGAAAUACCGAGAUGUGUCAAGGCCAAUAUGAGCCACAUCAUCCAGGCUGAGGCCCCAAUGGAAAACUACAUACCCUACCCUGUGCAAGACUCGAUUCCAUAUUUCCCCGAUUAUGAAAAAGCUUGCUGCUUGGCGGAUAUCGAGAAAAUCGAAGCUGAAAAUUCACAGGUGGCUCCACAAAAUUUUGCCGAAUUCUCUCGAAAAGUCUUCGGCGAGACUCUCCAAGAACUCUUCAUUCGGCCAUAUAAUGAAAAGGUAUGGACGAUAGGCUUGGAUGAGCUGAGCUGUGGAUGGGUGGAGGGACGAGUGCCGCAACCAAAUGGGAAAAUGAUGGCAAAACGGUGCGCUCUUUCACUGUCCGAACUGCAUGCGGAAGAGGAAAGCAAGCCUAGAGUCUUGUUCAGAUAUCCGGCAAAGUUGAAAGGCGUCGGAGCGAUGUGGAAGAGAAUCACCGAGAAACUCCCGAAAAGUUGGGUUCAUUUGGGGAAAUCGGUGGAGAAAAUCGAUUCAAAGACAAGAACAGUUUUCUGCUCGGAUAAGUCGAAAUUCGAGUACGAUUAUCUGAUCUCAACGAUGCCUCUUGUCGAGUUGGGACGGAUCACCGGAUUGGCGCCUGAGAUUCAGCUGAAACACUCGAAAGUAGUGCUUGUUGGUUUGGGUCUCCGUCGACCUCAACCCGAAACACUCGAGAAUUUCUCAUGGGUCUACUUUCCGCAACCGGAAAUCGUCUUCUAUAGAUGCACGUUUCUCUCGAAUUUCAACGAGUAUCUCACCCCGAAUGCAGCCGUUUUUUGGAGUGUCAUUUGUGAAAUCGGUCUCCCAUCGAAUAAGAAAAUUGACGAAAAAGAAAAAAUCGAGAAAACGAUUGAAGACUUAAAAUCGGUGGGUAUCCUGCGAGAAGAUGUGCAAAUCGUGUCGAAAUGGAUCCACUCACUCCCCUUUGGAUACCCGAUUCCCACAGUGAAUCGAGAUGAUGAAUUGAGGAAAUGGCAACCGAUUUUCGAAUCGAAAAGGAUUUACAGUAGAGGAAGAUUUGGUUCUUGGAAAUACGAGGUGGCCAAUCAGGAUCACUCGUUCACAAUGGGACGACAAGUGAUCGAUCGAAUAUUUAUGGGCGAAGAGGAGACUGUGCAUGGGAAA